GGUUAACUCCCCAGAAAUGUAGAAGACUAGAUCAACAUUUGGGGAUCAAAAAAUGGCUUGUGGGUAGGAGAAACGUGUGGUUCUUGUGCGUAACAAAUGUAGCAUGAUGAUGUCCAGCUCUAUUCUUCACCUGCCCUUCUUUAAUACCCCAGCUAUAUACACAGCAGGCGCAUUUAUCAUGAAUUAUGUGCCCUAUCUAAGGCCUUACUAGGCAAUCAGAAUUUGAGUAAGCUGCACCGCCACAACAGAAGAAUUCAUCAGUUUGCUGCAAGUUCAGACAAGAAUCUGAACACAGGGUAGCAUAAGCAAAGAUGCCUGCUUUUACUCAGAGGGAUUUGGAUGCAGCAAAUGGCAGGGGAAAGGUUGUGUGUGUGAUGGAUGCAUCUACUUAUGUAGGGCUGUGGAUUGUUCAGGGCCUUCUAAACAGGGGAUACACCGUGCAUGCAACUAUUCAGAAUGGAGGUGAAGUUGAAUCUUUAAAGAAAUUAAGUGGGCAGCGGUUGAAGAUCUUGUAUGCUGAUAUGUUGGAUUAUCACAGCAUAGUGGAUGCACUUAGUGGAUGUUCUGGUCUUUUCUACACAUUUGAUUCCCCUCAAUAUGAUGAGGUCAUGGCUGAAAUUGAAGUGAGGGCAGCCCACAAUGUCCUGGAAGCAUGUGCCCAUACUGAAACUAUUGAAAAAGUGGUAUUCGCAUCUUCAGUUGCUGCAGUAAUUUGGAGAGAAGAUAGAAAUUCAAUUUCUGAUCUCCAUGAAAAGCAUUGGAGCGAUGUGAACCUUUGCAGAAAAUUGAAGCUGUGGUAUGCACUGGGAAAGACACUAUCAGAGAGGACAGCAUGGGCUCUGGCCAUGGACAGAGGCGUAAAUAUGGUGACAAUUAAUGCAGGUCUGGUUGUAGGGCCUGGCUCUGCAAAUCAAACCUCAGGAUCCACCGUAGCAUAUCUCAAAGGUGCUGCACAAAUGUAUGAGAAUGGACUGUUUGCCAGUGCGGAUGUAAGGUUUGUUGCAGAGGCUCACAUCUGUGCAUUUGAGGAAGCUUGUGCAUAUGGGAGGUAUAUCUGCUUCAACCAAAUGGUCAACAAUGCACAGAAUGCUGACAAGCUUGCAGAGAGUUUAAGAUCACUCGUACCAUUUCCUGACAGAUGUGAAGAUUUAAGCGUGUACCAACAACGUCUGAGCAACAAGAAGCUGACUGAACUCAUGCUCGGAAACAACAAAAUGCAAUAAAAACGUUUGGCAUCAUGUCUCAGCAAACAGGUGACAGGUGAAGAAGAGAAGUUAUCAACUAUUAGCUCCAUACUUACUCUGCCCAUGAAGAAUGAAUUUUAAUGUUAAAAAUUUAUGCUUACCUUUAAUGAUAUAUUAGUGUGUGAACUGAUGAUUUCUUUGGGAUAAAAACAAAGAUAAAGAUGAGGGUUGGGAUGAUUCUAAUGUCUUUAAGCUUACCUUUUAUGAUAAAUUAGCUUGCAAUUUGGCAA